AUGGAGAACAUGCACGAGGAGGAAGCAGACAACCAAGUCCGAUCGUGGGCAGCCAGCUCUUGGCCGGACUUCAGCCAGCUCUCGGACAAUUGUGCGACCUGCGGGCUGGAGCCGGGCGAUGGUGUCCGGUUCCUCACGUGCGCCUCCUGCUUGACGCCGCGCUACUGCUCGAAGCAGUGCCAGGCGGACGGAUGGAAGCAGUCCAAGCACGGGCACAAGUUCUCCUGCGCCGCCAAGCUGGGCCUGCCCACGCCCGCGACGGUGGCCCAGGCUCCGAUGUCCGCUGUCCUGCAAGUCCUGAAGGAGUACCGGUGGAGCGCCGAGGUGCGGGUCGCGUGCCUACUCCGCGUAGACGCGCUGGCGGCAGACCAGUCCGCGCUCCAAACCCCCGGCCUGGCGGAGGCGAUGGCGGCUGCCCUGAGCUACGACUGCGGGCACGGCGCGGGCAGACCGGACUGGCAGCGGAGGUGCGGCAUGCUGGCGAGCCGGCUCUGCUGCGAGGCGCUGGGCAAGAUGGCGGCCGCCGGGCCCGUCGCCUUCGGGCGCGUGCUGGGCGCGGGUGCCGUGCCGGCCCUCGUCAAGACGGCGACGGCGUGCCUCGGCCACCGUGACCGCGCGGCUCUGCACACGGCGCUGGCCGGCCUGAGCAACGUGUCCAUGGAAGACGACGGUGAGGAGUGCGUGCGUGCCGAGGGCGGGAUGCAGCUGGCGAAGCGCGCGAUGGCGGCCUUCCCGCGGAACAGCCAGAUCCAGUCGGUGUGCUGCGCUCUGCUCCGCAACCUUGUUGCUCCGGACGACGCGCUCGUGAUUGAGGUUAUGGAUGCGGACGCGAUCGAUUUGGUGGCUAACGCUUAUCGCGCGUUCCCUCGCGUGUGCGCCGGUGACGUGCUGAGAAACCUGCUCUUAGCGCGGCCAAAGGACGAGGCUGUAGCCGCCAAGUGCCUUUCGGUUUGUGUGCAGUUGGGGUUUGUGCGGGUAUGCGAUGGCAAGCUUGAAGCCGUUCCCGCUUGA